AGCUCUUGCUCGAUCUCAGUCUGCCUCCUCUUCAGGAAUGAAUGAGGUACCCAUCUAUUGUUUUAGGACUCCAAAAUCACUUAUGAAACAUACUAUGCCCAACUCCUACCCUAUUACAUAGUCGACAUGUCAUUCCCAGACUAUUUCCAAAUAUCAAUGAAGAUUAGUGGAUGUGAAACCUGCGAUUCUCCUUACAUUGAAGGAGGACCUGACAUGAUCAUUGAACUCAACUAUUCCCUUUUCAUUGUGAAAUGCGAUCAGAUAUGGGAGUUGCAUGGAAUCUGUGGAACCUACUUAGAAGUUCACAAGUAAUUGCCAUUAAUCCUAUUUCCAAGACCAUUAAACAAAGAAAUAAUAUAUGAGCAGCAAAUCAAAGGAAAAGGAACUCUAAAAACAUAAAUGCUAACCAAAUCAUUAAAAAGUGGUCGCUAUGAAAUCUGGGUUGUUGUUCGCAGUAAAAUUGGAUUUGUCAUUUAAUAUGUGAAAUCAUUUUAUAUUACUAUUGUCAAUUAGUGA